AUGGCCUCCUGUCAUCACUACCUAGAAGACUACUACAACCUUGCAAAAGACGCAAAACAGUUUGCUAAAAGGAAGGACAGUAGCCCUGUUGUUAAAAAAAUCCAAGAAAUGCAGAAGUUUCUGGGGCUGAAGGUGACAGGGAAGCUGGACUCAGACACGCUGCAGGUGAUGCACAAGCCCAGGUGCGGAGUCCCUGACAUCAGAGAAUUCAGGACCUUUCCCGGCAUGCCAAAGUGGAGGAAGACUCACCUCACCUACAGGAUUGUGGAUUACACACCGGAUUUGCCAAGAGAUGCUGUUGAUUCUGCCAUUGAGAAAGCUCUGAAAGUCUGGGAGGAAGUGACUCCACUGACAUUCUCCAGGAUCUAUGAAAGAGAGGCUGACAUAAUGAUCACUUUUGCAGUUAGAAAUCAUGGAGACUUUUUCGAUUUUGAUGGACCUGGAAAGGUUUUGGCUCAUGCCUAUCCACCCGGGCCAGGGAUUAAUGGAGAUGCUCACUUUGAUGAUGACGAACAAUGGACAAAGGAUACAUCAGGGACCAACUUAUUCCUCGUUGCUGCUCAUGAAUUUGGCCAUUCCCUGGGUCUCGAACACUCAAAAAACCCUGAAGCUUUGAUGUACCCAGUCUACAACUCAUCCACAGACCUGGCCAGGUUCCGCCUUUCUCAAGAUGAUGUCACUGGCAUUCAGUCCCUGUAUGGACCUCCCCCUGCUUCCCCUGAUGACCCUGUGAAGCCCACAGAAUCCGCAAGACCUCAGACACCGGCCAUGUGUGAUCCCACUUUGUCCUUGGACGCUGUCACCACCCUGAGGGGAGAAAUCCUGUUCUUUAAAGACAGGCACUUUUGGCGCAAAUCCCUAAGGACUCUUAAACCUGGAUUUUAUUUGAUCUCUUCGUUUUGGCCAUCUCUUCCUUCAGGAAUGGAUGCUGCAUAUGAAGUGACUAGCAGGGAUAUUGUUUUCAUUUUUAAAGCUAAUGAUGAAAUGACAGAGACUGUUAUUACUUUAUUUAUAUACUAG